AUGCCGUUGGUUGUUGACUUGAGCUCAACCUCGGCGGUUCGCCUUGUGGCGACGGACGAUCAGAACAUCGGCUGCGCCUACCUGUCCAAUCAAUACAUUCCGAUUUUUAAACUCGACACCGGAGCCAUCGUGCGCCGUUUCGAAGUGCCUACUCAUAUCGCCGGAUUGCACUUCAAUCCGAACAAGAAACGUUCGUGUUAUCGAUUUUUCCGGCGGCGGCAAUCAUACGUGUUGUUCAGAUACCUUGUAUGCGGUGGACAGCUCGUUCGGUUUGCACGUCUUCGACACGCGCUCCGACAAAAAGAAUAAGUAUCGUCUGAAUCCGGACGUGGAGAACCACACAGUCGUCUGCUCUGCCGUGUCGUCGAAGAACGUCGUCGCCGUGUCGAGCAUCGAGUUUGGCGCCGGCAUCUCGGACGUUCGUGGCUCGCACCGUCGCGAGAGAUACGCGCAGUGCAUCUCGCUCUUCGACAUCAGAAAUGCCACCGAGCCAAUGACCACGUACAAGGUAGCAACACUCAUUCAGCCCAAAUAGUUCAACACCAAUUGUUUUAGAAGCAUCUGACUUCCGAGGUGGUCAGCAUGGAGUUCUACAAGAACGGCGGCGAUUUGCUCACCGGCGACAGAAACGGCGGACUGCGCGUCUACGACUGUGACCUGCGCGACGAGGAUAACGCGCUUCGUUGGACUCGAUACGUGAAGGGACCGAUCACCAAGGUCGGAGUAAUAAACAAGCGCAUUGUGUACAGCAUCAGCGAUCACUCCGAAGCUACCGUUUUCGUUGACAGCAAAGGACAGCUCGAAGUGCUCUACGGAACCGUCAACGAGCAAGCCGACCAGCCGUUUACAAGAACUUCCAGGUGAGUCUCUAGGGUAGCCAAUCAGACGAUUGGGCGGAGUCUCGUCAACAGAAGCAGCUUCCUAUCUGUGGCUUCAGCUAAGAGGACGCCUUUUGUGAAGUGAAUACAAAAAACGAAACAAAUGCGUUUUCAGAGCCUUCUAUAAGAAGCCGGAAUGGUGCAUCGGCCUGAUCAAAGGAGUCAACGAUGAGAUACCGCUGGUCGCUGUGCACGGAGUUGAGAAAAAGAAAUUUGUUAGUACCUUAUCUUCAUUGCAAACUUUAUUCUUUGUUUUCAGCUCUCAUUGACCGCAAUGAACCAGACAGGAAACCGCUGGGAAAAGCCAUUGCUCAGUUACGAGGGACACACUGGAGACGUCACCUGCAUGACUGUCACUCCCGAAGUGCUUUUGACCGGUGGAACCGACGGAAAGAUCCUGAUUCAGAUCUCCAAUUUCAAGUGAGUUUGGGUUGAAUGAAAUUGAAAGAUCUCGCCAGAAAAUUAAAAUUGAGUCGAGGUCUCACUCUGCCGUCGGGCUAGAAACACGAAAAGUGACGGUCAUUAUAUAGUCUAAUUGCAGAAACAGCAAGUUUGGCGAUGAUGGUAUCGAUCACCACCGUCUGACUCUCAAUCGUGGAAGACUCGCUUCGGAUCACGAUCGCGGACGCACCGACACGUCUUCCUCAGACGCCGCCGCCCCCGCCAACUCGAAUUCGAGCGCCGACGACGAUGACGACGCCGAAGAGGAUGAUAGCGAGUCGGAGGAAAGCUCGGAGGAUUCGGAUGACUCGGAUUACGCAGGGGGACCAAGCUCCAGCAAGAAAAAGAAGGUCAAGAAAGCUAAGAAGGAGUCGAAGAAGGAGUCAAAGAAGGACUUGAAGAAAGAGUCGAAGAAGGCUUCGUCGUCGUCCAAGAAGGAGUCCAAGGAGGCCAAGGAGGGAUCAAAGAAGGCUUCAUCGUCCUCUAAGAAAGAAUCCAAGGAGGAGUCCAAGAAGGCUUCGUCUUCUGGUGCCGGAUCAUCGUCGUCCAGUAAGAAGGAAUCUAAGGACGAGUCGAAAAAGGCCUCGUCGUCCAAUGGCGGAUCUUCGUCUUCUAGUAAGAAGGAAUCCAAGGAGGACUCCAAGAAGGCUUCGUCUUCUGGUGCGGGAUCAUCUUCGUCCAGUAAGAAGGAAUCCAAGGACGAGUCGAAGAAGGCCUCGUCGUCCAAUGGCGGAUCUUCGUCCUCCAGUAAGAAGGAACCCAAGGAGGACUCCAAGAAGGCUUCGUCUUCUGGUGCGGGAUCAUCGUCGUCCAGUAAGAAGGAAUCUAAGGACGAGUCAAAAAAACAGUCGUCUUCUGGUAAACCGUCGUCUUCCGGAGGAUCUGCCUCUCUGUCGUCCUCCUCGAAGAAGGAGCCAAAGAAAGAAUCCUCGUCCGUCUCCAAGGAGGAAAGCUCAUCCUCUGGCACUGAGAAAAAGUUGCAGAAACACCAACACAAGUCGUCGUCUCGUUCGGAGGGAGAAUCGUCCAGCCAAAGUACUUCCAAGAAGCCGUCGUCUGAUCGCAAACACGAGGAGAGCACGGCUGCCGAAGCGGCUGAGCGCGAGAAGCGUCGUGCCGAGAAGGCGCUGGAGACUCCAGAGCAACGCGCUGCUCGCAAGGAGCGUCAGCGUAAGGAGCGUCUGGAGGAGGAGCGUUUGCAUGCCGAGAGAAAGCAGAAGAAGCGCGAGGAGCGCAAGAAGAAGAACGAGGACCGCGAGAAGAAGCGCGAUGGCGAGGGCACCUCGACCUCUUACGAAUCCGAGGCUAAGAAGUCGAAGCUCGAGUAA